AUGAAAUUUAACACCCCUCUACCACAACCUUUACCAAAGGAAUGCCAGAAGGCGGCACAAAUCUUUAAAUCAUUUGUCGACAGCAGUAACAAUGGUCUUGACGGGGUCAUUCCCCGCAGUGUCCUCGAGAAUGCAAAAGGUUUCGCCAUCUUCACCAUCUUCAAGGCCGGGUUUCUUUUCUCUGCACGGGCUGGAAGUGGAAUUGUCAUUGCGAAGCUCGAUGAUGGAUCCUGGUCGGCACCAAGCGCAAUAGGAACCGCCGGUGUAGGUGUCGGCGGGCAAGCCGGUGCAGAGAUGACAGACUUCCUAAUCGUCUUGAACUCAAGAUCGGCUGUUACAUCCUUUAUGUCUGCCGGCUCGCUAACACUAGGCGGGAAUCUCAGUCUUGCUGUCGGCCCUCUUGGACGGAAUGGCGAAGCCAUCGGAUCCCUCAAUACUAGCGGGAAGGUGGCCGCGAUGUACAGCUAUUCCAAAACUAGGGGUCUCUUCGGAGGUGUCUCAAUAGAAGGCUCCGUUAUCGUCGAACGCCAGGACGCCAACGCGCAAGCAUACCGUGCAGACGUCACUGCGAAGCAGCUGUUGAGCGGAGCUAUUCCGCCACCUGACUGGGCUUCGCCCCUGAUCAAGACGCUCGAGACAUGUACGGGCAUGCCAGGAGGACGCAGAUGGGUGCAAGACUUCCGAUCUCAUCGCGCGGACGAUCCAUAUAUGUUCGGCAGCGUCGAGAGUCCAGGACUUGAGCAUGGCCCCGCCGGGUCGCGCUACUCCCUCGACAGCCCGUCCGUUGAGAGCCCACCUAUAGGCGGUAGCGCCAACGGGAAGCUGUCGAAGAAGAAGAAAGAUAAGGCAGGUAGCCUAUCCUUCCCGCCAAUGCAGUGGGGGCGCCAGAAGAGCUCUGGCUCGUACUUUUCCGAGUUCCACGAUCCCGCCCGCGCUCCGGAGCCCGCGGACACGCAUAUCGCCACCCCGAAGCUCUCCCCUGAGGAUCGCCCUUCUCCCCGCCUGGAUCGCGUGCUCAACCCUGCGACGGGCUACUUCGAGACUCGCUUCCAAUCCGACUACAUUAGCGACGACCAGCUUCGCCAGCACCCGCCUCUCAGUAGCCGCCGCACGAACUCUGAUGUACCCGAUCUCUUGACGCUAGGUCAGCCCGCCUCCGCGGGAGUCGGCGCGAGGAAGUCGGUGGGCGACAGCUGGGAGCCCGACAGUCCGUUCAACGACCUGCCUGGCGGCGGAUUCAGUGAGGCACGCUCCAAUAUGUCGGAUGCGACGUCCCAUCGCCGUGCGUUCAGCGCGUACGCGCCUUCUGUGACGUCUCAAUCGCUCAACGGCACGCGCAAGAAGGGCAGCAACCCGUUCGAGGCGUACGCCGCGCAUGAGGAGGACCACUUCGAUGACGACCUGCUAGGUGGCGGGGCCGGAAGCCGGUCGGCCGUGUAUGGGAUGAGCCCUAAGCCGAAAAUCGCGCCGAAGGCGGAGCUAACGAGGCCGCUGCUCCCGCACGAGGGCGUCGCGCGGGCGAUUGCGCUCUAUGACUUCAAAGCUGUCCAGCCGGGAGACUUGUCGUUCUCCAAGGGGCAGGUGAUUAUCGUCACUGAGAAGAGCGACGACACGAAUACGUGGUGGAAGGGGAAGCUCGAGGGACGCGAGGGCGUCUUCCCUGCAAACUUUGUGGAGGUCGUCUAGAAGAUUGGCGAGGAUCGAUGUCGAGAAGGGCAGUUGGAGUGUUGGCCACCGUCGGCCGCCUGUGUCUCUGAUCUCGUCUGGUGCUAUCGUUGCGUUUUUCUUGGAUAUCUUUCCAAUCUGUAUGGUGUAUCUCCGGCGUAUCUAGUGCCUAGCGGUCUCGUGUUCUGACGUUCUUGGGGUCUCUCCCCCGCUCUGACUGCGAUGUAUCUUACGGGAGCGCUACGGGCCGCGUGCUUGUAUGUAAAUCAGAAUUGUACUCCUGCUGUUUUUGUACUGCUCUCUACGUGUAACCGCCGCAUCUCCAUGUCGUUAUCUGAACGCUUGUGCGCUAGCCCCUCGUAACGGCGGUAGGACAAUGGAUAAACC